AUCCAGUGCGCAUGCGCAGACCCCCAACAUGUACCAGCUUGUUGUAAACUGAGCCUGGAGGCUAUAACUCUGGAUAAACAGCCUCCAGGAGGGUCUCUGCGUUACUGUUCACGAAGUGUUUCAGAGCAGAAGUUAACUCGGAACCGAAACAGAUGGCAGGUAGGGGCAGGCUGGUGCCCUGUGCUUGUCUGGGGCUGUUUGGUGUCCUCUGCUGGGUCUGGGUCUCCUUCGCCUCCUUUCCAGACGACCAACUUCCCCUGGAGGCCUUGGAUGCAGUGGACCGAGGAGCCUUUCAGCCCCAGAGUGCUCUGUCAGAGAUGGAGUUUGCCUCCAUCAGUUCAUACAGAGGACCUGGCAACGCUGACCGCCGCAGCAACAAGGAGCUGCCCAUUCUCCUCUGGUGGAGUGGAGGACUGUUCCCACAUUUCCCCGGUGACACCGAGCGCAUCGACUGUGCCACAUCCUCCUGUCUUGUCACAAGCAACCGCAAGGUCCAGCUGUACAAACGGACAGCAUCCAUCAUCUUUUAUGGAACAGACUUCCGGGCAUAUGAGGCACCGCUCCCUCGACUCCGCCACCAGACCUGGGCACUGUUCCACGAAGAGUCACCCAUGAAUAACUACGUCCUGUCCCAUGGCCCGGGAAUCAGGCUGUUCAACUACACGGCCACGUUUCGCAGGGAGUCAGACUAUCCUCUGACCCUGCAGUGGUUGCCGUCUCUGGAUUACUUGCUGGAGCCUGUGGCCGUGUCCCUGGAGGAGAAGAACCGACUGAGGAAGGAGGGCCUGGCUCCUGUGCUCUACAUGCAGUCUCACUGCGACGUGCCGUCAGACAGAAACAGAUAUGUCCAGGAGCUCAUGAAGUAUAUUCAGGUGGAUUCUUACGGGAAAUGCUUGAACAACAAACCUCUACCUGAACAUCUAAUAGACACGUCGACAGCCACCGGCGAAGAAGCCAGCUUUAUGAAUUUUGUUGCUCGCUACAAGUUCCACCUGGCGCUGGAGAACGGCCUGUGUCCGGAUUAUAUGACGGAGAAGCUGUGGCGGCCUCUCCAUCAGGGCUGCGUGCCCGUGUAUCGAGGCUCCUCCGUGGUGGCGGACUGGAUGCCUAACGACCACUCCGCAAUCAUCAUAGACAACUUCCCCUCACCGGAAGCUCUCGGUGAAUUCCUCAAACGUCUCGAUGCGAACGACGACGAAUAUGCUAAAUAUUUAGAGUUCAAGAGCCCCAGACGCAUCACUAACACUCGUUUGCUGGAGGCUCUGGAGACCCGCGAGUGGGGGGUUAAUGACAUGAGCAAACCCAACUACCUGAAUGGAUUUGAGUGUUACGUGUGCGACCGGGAGAAUGACCGACUGGCAGCAGAACGAGCAUAUAGGAAAGCCCCUGAGAGGAACCGGCCUCCUCAGCCUAAAAUGGCCAACAACUCUCACAUGGGGUGCCCCCUGCCCAGCCCGGGGUACGGACAUGUCCAAGAUGUGCCUGCAGAUGAUGGAUGGUUGCAUAUCUGGCCCCAGGAUUACUGGCAGAGCCUGGACCAAGCAGAGGGGCUGGAGUCUCUGAUAAGACAUAACGAGUCAGACCCUUUGCUGCUGUGGAAGCACAUCCAAAACAUUGCUGUGAGCAGAGCCAGAGGAAAACACUGACACAGGCCUUGAAACAAACAGAGCAUGCUGGAUCACGUCCAGGAUUACAGAGGUGUCCUAUAUUAUGCAUCCCCUCUGUUUAAACGAGGGAAUGGAGCAGAAAUUACUAAUACCUUUUGCACCUGAGCCAAAACUCCUUUACCCUUAUGAGCAAUUUGGUCCUACUAUAAUAGAUUUUGAUAUUGUAUUCAGCUGACAUGAUACGUUUGUCCUUUAUCUCAAGUUAAGUAAUGGGAAAAUAAUGUUCUAUACGCUAACAUUUUCAAGUUGUUUUAUUGCUAUAACUGAGGUGCCAUCAUUGCCCUCACUCCGCUUUGCAUUGUUAACAUUAACUGCAUGCGGUGCAGUUGUUCCGCGGAGGCACAUCCUCAUGGGAGGCGGGUUUUCAUUGGACCGGGGCAGAGCCAAGGGAGCUCUGCCUAACUGUGUGUGAAGACCAUCAAGACAGUAGCCAGCGGAGUGCAUAAGCUUCUUUACAGUUACUCAGCAGGUAGCUGAUGGUUAUUAGCUGAAGCCACAUUUAUGUACACGGCUAUUUUAAGUGACUAUGCAAGGAAAAAAAUAUUAUUUUACUAAGGCUUUGAGAAAGGCAAAUGUAAAGUUAAGCACAACUCCCCUGUGGGAAAUCACCACUGCAUUUUUGCAAAGUUAGUAGUCCUCAGGAGCAGCCAUUUAAUGAAUUACUGCGGCAGAUACUUUAUAAUAUUGCCCGAACCGUUUUCUGUUACAUGACGCUAAGAUGAGAUGUUUAUGUGCAAUAGUUUUUAAUCAUCCUUUUCUUAAACAUGUAACAUGACUGUCUGACGCUGUCUUUGCAUCACAUAUUUAUAACAGGAUUAUAUAAAUCAUUUUAUUUUUUUAACAAAGCAUCAUACAUGUGAACACACUAUUUUGUAACAAGAGCAAAAGAAGUAAACAUUUUGUAAUAAAGUAUCUUGUAUAACGACUGUUGCUAAAUUAUAAUGUUGCACCCCA